AAUAAUAGGAGGUGUCGUCAUUUCCUCAACUGCGAAAUAGGGGCCUGGCGAGAUCGUUGAAGAAGCCUGUCCAAAGAGUAAACAUAUUUCAUCAAUAAUAUAGGAUACACCUCCAUAGACUGUCUUAUCGUAUGUGUUGUGUGGAGAAGCUUUAAACAAUUUACCCACAGAAAUGUCGGCCCAAGCUCAAAUGAGAGCUUUGCUCGAUCAACUAAUGGGGACAUCGAGGGACGGGGAUGAGACGCGGCAGAGGGUCAAAUUCACUGAUGAGAGGGUCUGCAAAAGCCAUCUCCUGAACUGCUGUCCCCACGACAUCCUCUCCGGGACCCGUAUGGAUCUGGGAGAAUGUGCGAAGACCCACGACCUGGCACUCCGGGCCGACUAUGAAAUUGCCUCCAAGGAGAGAGACCUCUUCUUUGAGCUUGACGCUGUGGACCACCUGGAGUCUUUCAUUGCCGAUUGCGACCGGAGAACAGAGUUGGCCAAGAAACGACUGGUUGAGACCCAAGACGAGAUCAGUGCGGAGGUGGCUGAAAAGGCAGAGACGGUUCACGAGCUGAACGAGGAGAUUGGGAAGCUCCUGGCCAAGGCAGAGCAGCUGGGUGCCGAGGGGAAUGUGGAUGAGGCCCAGAAGGUCCUACAGGAAGUGGAGAAAGUGCGCAGCAGGAAGAGGGAUGCUGAGGAGGAGUACAGAAACUCCAUGCCUGCCUCCAGUUUCCAGCAGCAGAAGCUUCGUGUCUGCGAGGUGUGCUCGGCCUACCUGGGUCUCCACGACAACGACCGUCGCCUGGCCGACCACUUUGGCGGGAAGCUGCACCUGGGCUUCAUCCAGAUCAGGGAGAAACUGGAAGCCCUGAAGAAAACCGUCCUGGAAAAGCAGGAGAAGAGGAACCAGGAUCGUCUGAAGAGGAGAGAAGAGAGAGAGAAGGAGGAGAAGAUGAAGAAGAAGACCAAAUCACGGAGCAGAGAACGGAGCAGGGAACAUAGAAGGUCCAGCUCUCGCGACCGCAGGAGACGCCGUUCGCGUUCCUCGUCUCGGGAGAAGCGGCGUUCCUCCCGCUCGCGCUCCAGGGACCGGGAGAGGCGGCGACGCCACCGCAGCCGAUCCCGCAGCAAGGGCGGCCGCCACAGCCACGAGCCCAGCUCCCGACACAAGUCGUCUAGGGAUCGCGAUCGCUCCUCCAGAGACCGUUCACGGGAGCGAAGCAGGAAGAGGGGAUCCUCGGAGCAGCGGCAGGACAGCAGGGAUCAGAACGGGAGAACAGACUCCCGCCGGGCGGAGGUCAGGGAUUGAGACCUUUGAGGACUCUGUCUCUCUCUCUCGCUAUCUCCAUCCUCAACACACAACCUCCUUUUGUCUGUCUCUCUUUCAUAUCUGUCCAUUACAUCUAUUUGAACUCUCUCCUUGUAUGAAUUUUCCCUCCGUUCCCUUCAUCAAAAUUAUCCAGAGAUGUUUUGCUUUGACUGAUAUUCCAGCCAACCCACUGUCCCAAAUACAUAGCGCUUAUAUGACCACAGAAGUAUAUACAGGUAACUGCCAAAAUAAUGGAAACACUUCAGUAAAACAAAGUAUACUGAAAGCAGGUGCCUCUACACGUGUGGUUCAUGAGUUAAUUAAGAAAUGAACAUCGCAUCAUAAUUACGGUCAUGUGUAAAAAUGCUGGGCCAUUAUUUUGCCUACCAUGGCUAUACCCCCAUAGGAUGAUAAUGCCCCCAUCCACAGGGCAUGAGUGGUCACUGAAUGGUUUGAUGAGCAUGAAAACGAUGUAUACCAUAUACCAUGUCUCCAGGUCUCAACCCAAUUGAACACUUAUGGGAGAUUCUGGAGGGGUGAAAACACCAAAUCAUGGAAUUUCUCGUGGAAGAAUGGGGUCGCAACCCUCCAAUAGCGUUCCAGACACUUGUAGAAUCUAUGCGGUGGCCCAACGCCCUACUAAAACACGUUAUGUUGGUGUUUCCUUUAUUUUGCCACCUGUAUAUUGUACAUGCAUAUAUAUUUUAGUUUCAAGCGUUAUCCUAUGAUAAAGGUGUGUGGGGGGGGGGGGGGUUGUUGAACAUUGGGUGUGGGAGUACAUAAAGUCCUGACAGUGUAUGUUAGAUGUGAUGGCUGUUGAUGACAUGCAUAUGAUUAAAUAUUCUAUAAAACUGUCCGGAAUAUUAAUUUCCUGGGGGAAUCAGUAGCUGAAACUAGAGGAAGGAUAAAUGAAUGACCGUUGGCCAUAAACUUAAAGAAUAGAGCAUUUCCAUAUUGCUGUGUUUUAUGAUACUGUUAAUUUUAAACUGUCAGAAUUUCAAUGUGUGAUUGAGAUACUUUGCAUAAUUAUACCUCCAGCAUACUGUCCUGGGUGGUGUUCAUUAGGCACCAAAUGGAAGAUACUGGACUGAAACAGGGAGGGGUCACCUGGACUUGUCCAAUAAGAAACCUACAUUUUUGUUUUCCUGUAAAAACGUUGCUAAAUGUUUUCAGUUAUUUCCCUAAUAAACACGACCCAGCAUUACCGUCUUGGAUUGGCUUCUCCGUGCUAGGCUUUCUUCCCUUCCUAGAGGCUAUUUCACAAUGCUGGUUGCAUCAAUUUGCCAUUUGAUGUUGCACUAAAUAUUUAACAUACCAGUAAUUAUAGAAUCUCUUCUGCACAUAUCUGGCCUAAGAUUGAUUAACUAAGCCAUAUUGUUCUCGUUUGACUGGAUCAGGACAUUUGGAAAUCAAAGGGAAUUUGGUCAGUUGUGAACAUCAGCAAGCUCAUUUCUGUCAGCUUGUGAAAUACCCUCUGCUUCUAUAUCUGUGGUUUAUACUAACUGAGGAUGUUUAUCGCUGGAGAGUUUGUAGCAGUUCAACUUAAUGUCAUAACUAAUACGGACAAGGUUUUCUUAAGUUUUAGAAUUUAUUGUCCUUUGUGUUCACAAACGGUUGCUAUUUUAUUUUUUUCCCUCUCCAUAGAAUUUUACAAGUUUGUUCCAAGUUUUCAUGUGAUGAAUACAAAUAUUAACCCUUAUUAUCAUAGUCUUGGCAUGCGAGCGGUGACGUCUGCGUAUGUGUGUAGACAUGAGGGACUUUGCAUGCUUCAGUUUUGAGUAGUAAUGCUGUUUUGGAUUGAGAAUUACUGUUCCAGGCUUCUUACUGUAUGUGACCCUAGAAGUUGCCUACGUUACCGUGGUAGUCCGCUGCGUGGCCCUGGUAGUCCGCUACGUGGCCCUGGUAGUCCGCUACGUGGCCCUGGUAGUCCGCUGCGUGGCCCUGGUAGUCCGCUGCGUGGCCCUGGUAGUCCACUACGUUGCUAUGUGGCCCUGGUAGUCGCUACGUUACCCUGUUUUUGGCCUAUUGGUGCUGGGAACAAUGUCUUAAGCACAGCACCUGCUAAUGUCCAUUUCACUUUCCAAUAUGUUGAUGCUGAUUCAGCAGUUUGUAAAUGUUCUUUCUUUUUUGCUUCAUGUAUGUCAGUCACUUGAAGUUAGAUGCAAACAUAUAUAAAUGAAUGCAUUGCUUUUCCUAAUGUGUGCCGUCUGUAGACUUUGUCAGGUCUGUUUGUAUUACUUCCUGGAAGAUGAUUUUUGUCUUUGAAGCCUGAAUAAAAAUCCCUUUUUUUUUU